AUGGCUUUGAGGGGACCCUGCCCCACAUUCCUGCUGACCCUUGCCCUGCUGGCUGCCUGUGUGGCUUUGAUCCUCGGGCCUGGAUGGAGCCUGCUGAAUGACAUAUUCCGGAAAAACCAUGUGGACUUCCCCAAGACCAUCACCACCACCAACAACGCCUAUUGCAACAAGAUGAUGUGGGACCGGGCGAUGUACUUGAAAUACAGCAACACCUUCAUCCAUGCGACGGAAAAUGAUAUCAGAAGAAUCUGCACAACGGAUGGGUUAUCCACCGAGCCCUACUGGUACAAGAGCAAGAGUCCCUUCAGCAUCACCACUUGCACAUUUGACUCCUGGCGCCUCUCUUACAAUGGGAUCAGAGCAUCACAAAAAAUCGUCAUCUCUUGUUGGAAUUGUCUCCCUGUUUUCUAUGUGAAGAGCAUAUAG